UUCUCAAUCCGCUUAAAGCCAUCCAUCCAUCCGGCCAUGUCUUUCUCGCCCCCACAAGAAUCCCCGAAUCUUCCCUCCCUUGCAGCAGCUUUAGCCGACACUAGCGGAGCUGCCCAGGGCAUCCAAAUUGCCCCAGAACUCAUUGGUGACGGUGGUGCACCUCCUGACCUUCCUCGGCGCGAAGAGCUUCAAGGUCAACAACCAUCUGAUGGUGUUUCACAGGCAUUCGGAUCAUACCAAAAUUCAUCCACAAGAGACGAUGGAUAUCGCGGAUGGUCAAAUGGACCUAAUCCUCCUCCAAGGGCGCAGAAUCCAUGGGAAGAAGGAUACCGCGAUCAUUCCUCCCAUCCCGAUCCUACAAUCAAUCAGCAAUACUCCUAUUCUGAGCAGGCUGGACCAUCCAUCUCCACGGAAAAUAUUGAAGAACCUCAGAAACCUCCGCGCAAACGCGCAAGGCAGUCCAAGCCUCGCGGGCACGAAAAAAAUGGUGUCAACAGCGAUGGUUUGCCGGAGGAGGGCAUACUUGAUUUUGCUCAUCCAUCAGGGGACUUCAAACUUGGUCCAGUAUUCGUACAUCCGCCUAAAGGAGUUGCUCAAGCGUGUGUUCGAUGCCACAAAAUCAAGAGAAAGUGUGACAAUGCGCGACCAAGGUGUGCAGGAUGCAGCAGGGCCGAUGUAGCGUGCGUUUUUGAGCUGAACCCCGCCACCGCUAGCUAUGUCUCGAGCUUGAAGUCAGACAAUGUCACUUUAUCUGCUCAGAUGGUCUCCGCCGCUGAACGUAUCUCUCAACUUGAAGCUGUACUGGUCAACACUGGCCAGGAGAUCCCUCCACCUCCACAGACUCUCAAGAACAUAGAUUUUACCGCCAUUGCCGGGGACAAGUUCUCUGCGAAGGAUGAUGACGUAUCGACUGAGGAUGCAAUCAAGAGACUAGCGGAGAGUGCUUUGACCACAAGCCUCCAUAAGAGAAGACGGAUGUCGUGGUAAUGUUUGAAUAUGUUUGAAUCAGGGAAGUAUGCUAUCUCACGUCUCGGGUAUCCUGGGUUGACAUGAUAAUUGGGAUCAAGCUACAUUAUUGACCAGCCGUACUGUACUCCAAGUUUGUAGUCUUAGCCUCGUCAAUUUAUAUAUCGCCUUUCAUCAUAAAUUUUUUUUAGAGUCUGGUGGACGAGAUAUAUUUCUUGAGGUAGAUCCUUGACUUUGAACACUUCAC